AUGAAGAAUCAGUCUAUGGAAAUAGAAUUUAUGCUGGUGGGAAUCUCCAGCCUCCCAGAGCUACAACUAUUUCUAUUAGUGUCCUUCCUGUGCAUCUAUGUAACUGCCCUGGUGGGCAACUCUCUCAUCUUCUUCACAAUCUGUGCCAGCCAACAGCUUCACACACCUAUGUACUUCUUUUUGGGCAACUUGUCUGUCAUUGAUGUCUUGUGUACCUCUACCAUCAUGCCCAAGAUGCUAGCCAACCUUUAUUUUCAGAGAGCUGACAUUUCAUUUUUAGGCUGCAUGGCUCAAAUGUAUCUGUUCACAUGGGCCUUAGUCUCAGAGGUUCUCCUCUUGGCCCUCAUGGCAUUUGACCGCUAUGUAGCCAUCUGCCAUCCGCUCCAUUACUCAAUGGUCAUGCGGAGUCAUGUCUGCAUUGGGAUGGCAGGAAGCAUCUGGGCCAUUGGUAUAUGCAACUCAGCAGUUCAUACUAGCUUGGCAAUCCCCUUGUCCUUCUGUAGCUCCUUUAUCAUUGACCAUUUCUUCUGUGAGCUGCCACCCAUACUGAAGCUGUCAUGCUCUGAUACCAGCCUCAAUGAAGCUCUAGCCUUCUGUGCUGAUGUAAUAUUUGGUGUGGGAAGUUGUUCCCUUAUCUUAGUUUCUUAUGGAUGUAUCAUAAGGACAAUUCUGAAGAUUCGCUCUUCUGAGGGCAAGAAGAAGGCUUUUUCUACCUGCUCUUCUCACCUUACUGUGGUUUCCUUCUACUACUCCACUGUAAUUUAUACCUAUAUCCGCCCAACUUCCAACCUGUCCUUGGGAAGGGACAAAGUCAUCACUGCCCUCUAUUCUGUCAUUAUCCCUAUGCUCAACCCAAUGAUUUAUUCCUUCAGGAACAGAGAAGUGAAAGGAGCCCUUCGGAGACUAUUGGGAUGGACUUUAUUCUUUCCUCUAGGAAGAACUUUAUAA